UAGCCUUCAUUAAACCCUCUAGCGCCGCCGCCGCUUCUUCCUUCUCGCACUGCCUGCCAUCUCCGCUUUCGCUAAAAAAAAAGCACUGGUGAAGAAGAAUCCCAACAACAUCGUGUGGAUAGCUUGAUCAAGACGAAGUAGUUGGUCUUUGUGAUAAAUCUCAGUUUGUUUGCUUUUUGUUCACUUUUGAGAUUGAUGAUGGAUCUCAAUCUUGACGUCGACUCGGCUGAUUCUACUCAGAAGGGACAAGAUUCAGCUGCCGUAAGGGGAUUUUCUGGUGCUAUUCUGAAUCAUAUGGAUGAAAUGGUGACGUCGAACGCUUCGGUAGUCAAUGCUGAGGCGUCCAGCUACCGCGAUGGUGAGGAGGAUGCAAACAAAAUGUUCCUCAUGUGUCCUCCGUCCAAUCAGCUCUCAAGGCUGAGAAAGCACUUAUCUUGGGUGAAUCUAUGCCCUAGUGUUCAUAAAGGUAAACAUAUCAAAUGGAGGGUGUUAUUAGUAGUUUUCUUGAGAGCUGUUUGUCUUUCCCAUUUGGUUUUCUCUAUCUGGACUAUGACUUAGUUUGACUUACUAAUGUUCAGGGCAUAUAUGAUCAAAUUGAGAAAAAAGGCAGAAGCUUUCAGCAUCCAAACUUCUACUGCUAGUUUGAUAGAGCCUGACUUUAGGAAGUUUCUUGAGCUUUAAAGAAAGGUUUCCUAUAUCGUCUUUACCAAAUUUCUUGAGCCUGUAUUGUUUUUUUCUUUCUUUAAGUUCAAUUAAGUUGGUUAGAUUAAGUUCAUCUGAUCAGAAAUGUAAUUUCUUAUAGAAAAAAUCAUCACAUUGGAAGCAACAACUAAUGUUAUACAAUCAUCA